AUGAGGCCGCUGCACCACGGGGGUACCGCCGCCGCCGCCGCUCGGCGAAGGAGGAGCGGGUACUCCAAGGAAAGUGGCAGGUCGACGCCAGGACGGAGCAAAAGUAGUCAUCAUCGUCCGGGCGCUGCCGCUACUUUCGCGGGACCGGAUGGAAUGGACGCCGGCUUUGCGGACCCGGGCACAUUUCGAUGGGAUGCGACCGUCGCCGACGCCGCCACUGCUCAGGGGGAGGACGGUUCGGAGGGUGAAGAGGAGGAGGAAGAGGAAGAAGAGGAGGAGGAGGGGGGGGAAGGGGUCAGCAGGAGGGACGGGAGGGUGGCUGACACGGGUAGCAGGAGGCGAGGCAAGGGCGUAAGACGGAGCAGCAGCGGCAAGCUUGCGGCAGUAAACCCUUCGAGGUCGGGGAGGGGGGACAUGAUCGACAUUGCGCUUGCUGCAAGGCACCAGAGCGUGUGGUACAUCAUCACGCCUGAGUCGAAGACGCACCAGAUUUUCGACCAUAUCGAGGACUGGCACGCCUUCAACUUCGUGGUGGACGUGUGCUUCCUGGUAGACCUCGCGGCGCGGUUCCUGACGGCGUACCACGACGAGUACGCCAACAGGGUGGUCUACGAGCCCAUCGAGGACUGGCACGCCUUCAACUUCGUGGUGGACGUGUGCUUCCUGGUAGACCUCGCGGCGCGGUUCCUGACGGCGUACCACGACGAGUACGCCAACAGGGUGGUCUACGAGCCCAUCGCGAUCGCGCGGAACUACUCCCGCGGGCUGCUCGUGUUCGACCUCAUCGCCUCUGUCCCGCUGACCAUCAUGCUGGGCGUGCACACGUUCAGCAUCUCCAACAAGGUGACAAGGCUGGCCAGGAUGCCCCAGACCCUGAGGUUGAUUCGGUCUAUCAAGAUGCUCAGCGAGGAGGCGGAGAAGACCAACCGAAAGAACAUUCUUCUCGCCAUGUACAACUUGGUGAAGGUUGUUCUCUACAUCCUUCUGGUGAUGCACUGGGUGGCGUGCGGCUGGCACCUCCUGGCGGACAUGGAGGACGCUGACCUCUCAUGGAUCGUAAAAGACGGCCUGGAAGACGCGCCGGCCUCCACGCUCUACGUGACCUCGGUGUACUGGACCGUGACCACGCUGUCCACUGUCGGCUACGGCGACAUCUUCGCGAGCACGAUCGCCGAGAGGACAUACUGCAUCCUGGUGAUGUUGACGGGGGCCACGAUGUAUGCCCUCGCGAUCGGUGCCGUGAGCCACAUCAUCACCACUGUGGUCGCCAGGCAUUCGCAGUCAAGGCGCAUAGAGCGGCACGCGGAGGCGUUCAUCCGCAUGCACUCGCUCCCGCAGUACUUAGCCUCCGAGAUCAUGCGCACGCUCAACAUCUCCGGGGAGACGCACCAGAUGCUGGAAAAGAAGGCUCAAAACACUCUCGAGCUGCUGCCCUCGAGCGUUCGCACCUCCACGCUUCUGUGCAUCUACCGACGACAGAUCGCGAGGAUACAGUUCUUCAAGGAUCGGAAGGAUGUCUGCCCGGUGUUCGUGACGUCCGUCAUGCGAUCCAUGCACGACCACAUUUACCCCAAGGCUGGGGAGCGCGUCUUGCUCGAGGAAGGCGUUUCGGAUGAGACCAUCUUCGUCGUGCGCGGGCGGGCGACGGUCACUCGCCGAGGCGUGGAGGUUGGAAGACUGAGCGCCGGGUCGUGCUUUGGGGCGACGGCGGCGCUUCACGGGGGUGGUGUUCGUAGAGAAUCGGUCACGUGCGUGACGGAGUGCGAGAUGUACACCAUCGAGGGGAAAGCGCUAAGACGGAUCGCGAGGGCAUUUCCGGGGCCCAUGUCCGAGCUCAAGGCUGAAUCGGAGCGUCCGCUGCUAUUGCUGAACGCCGGGGAGCGUAGAGGGAGCACCGGCGACACGGCUUCUGACUCCGCUCCGGAGAUUCGAAGGCGUCGGAGUGACACUUCCGCUGGCGGGUCUUUGGCGUCUCUCCACAAGGCGGCGGCCGGCGACAAGCAAGCGCUGCAGUCAGGGAACAUUGUUCAGCCUACCGCGGAUGCCAACCGAAGCCUAGCGAGAUGCCUCGCGGAAGCAAGCCGGGCGGAGGAGGAGGCAUGGGACCGCCUGCACCUCCUCACCGACAGCCUGAGGACCUUGCGUGGCUGCCUCGGCGAUAGUAGCCGAGAGUUCCAACGCCAGAUCCCAGACGUGUCUCACGCCGGUCGCGACGAGUUAUCGAGCGGGGCUGACACCUCGGGCGGCUUGCGGUUGGGCGAUGUCAGCCUCCUACCCUCUUCGUCGAGCGACCCCAAAGUGUACUGUAGUUCUCCGCUCUCCCGAGGGUUGAAUUGAAGGGGUUGGGGGGGGGGUAAGUGUGGUGUCGUGCCUGUUCGAACGUGAGUGGUGUGUGCUCCUUCCUGUGUACGUGUGUUGCGUGUUUGGUUGUAGAGGCUGUCGGCCGCGCUUACCCGCUGGCCAAUGAAAAAAUAUGCAGGGAUAAGAAUCGCGAAAGAACGUUGUUGUUUUUUUUGUUCGGUGUGUGUGUGUGUUGUGUUUGUUUUUUAAGGUUCAACGGCACCGACCCGAUAUCGCGGCGUUGCUCGCUGGGACAAGGAGCACUAAAUCGCUCUCAAUUUAGUCUGCGGGGUUGGGCAGAGUGUAACAGCAGUGUGGAUACUGUAGGUUUGUGUCAUAUUCUGUUUUCUUAGCGCCGUUAUUUUGUAUGAAUGUAUUAUUUUGGGGUGCUGCAUACUCGGCAUGCUUUGGUUGCCUACGAGUCACUUGCCACUGAAAAGGAAUUUUACAAGGAUCGUUGAACUAAACGGCGUAGGUUUGACCAGAUUCCCGGUGGAGUCAAGCAAUAAGGUCUGUAAGGUCAGGGGAGUCAUAUUGCAGAGUUUGAGUUCGAGGUCGCACGCGCUUGCCUUUGGCGUUUAUCGGUAGUGUGGGGUCGAUCGUGCACCUCCUUUGUCGUGCGCCACCUGCUUUUCCUGGUUGAUGUGGCCGUUGUUAAAAGAGAUGUGUUGCUGAUGGCUGAAUGUGUCCCAUCCCUAUUAGCCUUGGCACGCACUCGGACGAACGGAUAUUUCGAGAUAACUGCUGCUUGCGAUUUGAGUGUUUGCACCUCUGGUAUGUACGACGGGAGGUUUGAUUUUGUUGGCAGGUCGCUCGCGCACGGUUGAUUUUGGGCCUGGGAUGAAUGCAUGGCGACGGAGUAUGUAGGAAACGUAUGCACCUGAUCUACUUUCAUCAGCGGUGUUGGAGAAACCGAAAUGUGUGGUUGUGUAUAACCCUUGUAG